UCCUUCUUCUAUUGGUUUGCUUCCAUUUAGCGUUUAUUUAGCAUGUUAGUUUUUGCGUAUAUAAGAAGGCCCCAAAAAUAUUUUUGUAGUAUCUACGACAGUUAGUCUCACAACCGCCAUGGAAUUUAACAUAAUCAAAGUAUUUCUCCUAAUCCUAUCGUUGGUGGUGUUAACAUCCACCGCCCCAUCGCCUAGAUUUGGUGGAGGCGGUUACGGGGGCGGCUUUGGAGGAGGCGGUGGCCGUGGUGGCGGUUUUGGCGGAGGCGGUGGCCGAGGUGGCGGCUUUGGUGGCGGCAGAGGUGGCGGUUUUGGCGGCGGUGGCGGUCGUGGCGGUGGUGGAGGCUUCGGCGGAGGAUUUGGCGGAGGAAGUGGAGGCGGAGGCGGUUUUGGAGGUGGAUAUGGCGGCGGUUAUGGACGAUAAAAUUGUUUCAAGUGUAUUUUAUUAACAAAAAAAAUGUAAAUAAAAUAAAUAAAUAAAUUAAAAUUGAAA